AUGAAGCUUCCGGUGGAUCUUAGCACCGCCAUGUGGGGCAUCAUAGACCGGCUUGCUAAACUUAGCAGCACUGUUUUGAUGACUACUGUAAUGGGUAAUUUUUUUACCUCUUUCGCAUCCAUGGAUGACCACACCAUUUUCAUGAACAUCACAGCUUUGGGUAUUCUUGUAAUCACCAUUAUUGUUGAUGUCUGCAUCCAAAUAGGUAAUUUCGUAAUUCACUACUCUACAUGGGCAGAAGAAAUAUUUGUUAUAAUUUGCAUGCUUGUUUUGUUCAUAAUCCUGAGUUUCUCGGCUUUGACUGUUCCAACGACGAAAAGAUCGCUGGAAUUGAAAUAUGGUGAAUUACACAAAAAAAUUUUAAGUGGAGGAUUGGAAGAAGCUGGAAAACUUACAGUUCAAGAACUGAAAGACGUGGUUGGAAAAUAUUGGAUCAUGGCGGAAACUGGAGGCCCCCAAUUUGUGAUGGCACGCUCUGUGACCUGCGCUGCUUCAGGAGCAAUCUGUCUACUGACUGCCCUCACUUUGGUUGAGGCAGAGAUCCGAAUGAACUUGUUGUAUUCAGGUGAUAGGAAAACACAUUCGACUUAUGCGUGGUCAAUCCCCUGGAUUGUAGUAAGUCAGUUUACCGGGGUUGCAGUGGGUACCAUUGCCCCAACAUGCAGAUGGUUUACUUCCAUCAGUUUCAAGUGCUCAAAGGGAGAUGGCAACAGCUACCCAAAUGACUUCAAAGUAGAAAAUUACUGGAUCCAAAGGCUUGUAGAGUGGAAAAAGAGACCCUUAGCUUUACGAAUUAGGGACCAGAAAUUAAAAAACUUGUUCAAGAAGUUGAAAAGGAAGCUCAAAACUGAAUAUGGUGCCUCAAGUAAUCAAAGAAUUUCAGAAUCAGAAACUGAUAUUGGUGCCUCAACUAAUCAAGGAAUUCCAGAACCAGAAACUGGUACUCAGCUGGAUCUUAGUGAUUUUGUUCUUCAACUUGAAAGUGAGGUAAAAGUUCCCAAAAGAAUUUUGAAGAAUAUAUGUCAUGACAUGAAUCAAUUGAUUGAGACGGGGAAAAGGCAGCAGCCAAAAAAUCUAUUGGAACUUUUACAGAAAUCUUAUAGCUUCAAGGGGGUAGCAGAAUUUGACAGUGGGGAAGUUUCACACACUUAUUCUGAAGAACCUCCUAAUUGCUGGACUCUGCCCGUGGUGACCUUAACAAGCAUUGCAAUUGCGCUUCCCACCAUUGGAAAUCAUAUGGUGGACGAGUUGGUACUUGGUGUGAGAGAAGGCCUUUUGUAUGCCCGCCUCAUUGAGAAAACCCUGAGCUCCUGA